GGGAUGCGCAAUAGCCAAUGCGCACAGCUGCGCGUUAGUCAGCCGUUAGUGCUGCGCGGGUGUUUAGUAGGUGAAUGUGUUAGGUUAAGCGAUUCGAAGUAACAUCAAAGUUAUUAUUGUUUCAAUCGUUUCAUUAAGAAAGUAUUAAUUUAUCGAACUUAUCGCAAAUUUGCGUUAGAUAGAUAGGAGAUAGGAUUUGUAUAAGCGUUUUGUGAACAACAGAGCUUACAAAUAUGGACGACAAACUUCGGCAAAUGGAAGAUGAGAUGAACAGAUUUGAAGCUGAAAUCGGGGGGCAGCUUGUAACACCAAUUGUACGACCAGUGAUUGGGGCAAAUACAUAUAGUCAAGUCGCUAGGCAAUUGGAGCAACAUGAACUUCCCACACCUGUGGUUGCGGCAGCUGCAGCAGCUACAUUGGCAUUUCCUCCAAUGAUCGGAUUUCCUCCACCGCCACCACCUCCACCACCUCCUCCACCUCCCCCAAUGUUAAUUCCUCAACAAGUAGCGCGACAAGGUACAGUUCCCAUUACAACGUAUUCCUCACCUGCACAAAUAAGUAAUCCAUAUAUAUCAAAUAUGGUCGAUCCAUGUCUAAGCGCAACACCAAAAACAUACGAUUCUACAUCAACGCCAAUGAUCCAUCCUGAAAUUAUUGAACAAAUUAUUAACACAAAAAUACCUGAAGAUGAGGGUAAAAAGAAACCAAAAGUAAAGGGUGUCAGCACAGCUGCUGAAUUAGCUAUUAGUCAAGGAAAAGCAAGUUCCAUUAUGGCUAAUGCUAGUGCGGAGGAGAGUCAUCCCAAGGGUAAAGGAAAGAAAAAUAAGAAGAUUAUAAGAACAGCCGGUGGUCAAACAUGGGAAGAUCCUUCUUUGCUAGACUGGGAUGAAGAUGAUUUCAGAAUAUUUUGUGGGGAUUUAGGAAACGAUGUUACUGAUGAAAUGUUGGUGAGAGUAUUUGGAAAAUAUCCUAGUUUUCAAAAAGCAAAGGUAGUCAGAGAUAAACGGACAAAUAAAACCAAAGGUUUUGGAUUUGUGUCCUUUAAAGAUCCACAAGAUUUCAUUAAGGCAAUGAAGGAAAUGAAUGGACGAUACGUAGGAUCGCGUCCGAUUAAACUUCGAAAGAGCUCUUGGAAACAGAGGAAUCUGGAAAGUGUACGGAAAAAAGAGAAGGAGAAGCAAGCGUUAAUUGGUCUGCUUACUGGCCGAUGAAAGAGAGAGAUAAACGAGAUCAAAUACUCAUUAUUAAAUUGUUUAUCGAUAUCAUUGUUAUUGAUAAUCAUUGACAACUCUUGAUUGCACAAGAGAACAAGUAUGAGAGUCAUCGUGAAUACAAUUACGAGGAUGAUAUUUACAAGUUUCAUCAUCAGCCAUUUCGCAAAAGUAUAUGUCAAUAAACUCGCAUAAUUACAAA